GAAUUCCGCGACGCCCAGGAGCCUGCAGAUAGGAAACCUGAGCUUGAGAAAUUGAAACACCUCAGCUGUUAUCUCCUGUACGGAUCUUGAGCUCUGCCUGGUGGCCGUGCUGUCUCCAACUUCCCUACCCCAAAACUGACAUCACUUCAAAGAGUCAAAGAUGUGACAUGUCUGUAAGAACUGCAGUGACCUUUAUUUUCCAUGCCAGAGUGUUGUGUGAAAUCUACAGCACCCAACAAGCAACACUUUGAGUUGAAAAUGGUAGAGUAGCUUGGGGCCAGUAUUGGCUAUGGGUGACAUCUUUCUAUACAAACCAACCAAGGCGGAAGUCGAUGCUUUUCUGAGAUGUGACCCUCAGGCUGUCUGUGCUUACCACAUCCAGCUGCAAACCACUCGUGGCAACUCACUGUGAGAAGUGAAGUGAGCUGCACAGGCAGUGAGUUUGUCUUGCUGAGAAUUUGCAGCUCUUGAAAGUCUUGGCAAAUCUGGUCUGUCUGUUGUAUUUCAGGUGAAGAGGGAUAACAAGGCUAGAUUCAAAAUUUAUGUGAGGUCAGGUAUGAAAACGUGUUUUCCUUGGCCUGCCUAGCAGGAAUCGGGUCCAAUGCCCCAGUCAGCUUUGAAAUUCUGAGAUACUGCUUGGGCUGUGGACUCAGAGGUGGUUUUCAGAUGAGCUUAUUCAGAAAAUUGGUAUUAUAAACUACAGUUCUAGCUAGUCCAAUUGUUGUUUUAGGAUAAAGCAACAGUUUCAGGUUGGUUUGUUCCGUUUCAGCUUCCCCCUUCUGGAAAGUUGUGCUGUGAAGACUUAUGUGUCAAUAUGCAAAGCACAUAAAAUGCACCUGACAGCUGCUUGUUUUUUUUUUCCCUGUUGCCUAGGUAAGGGACUGUAAUAUUGUAGGGAAGGUCUUGCCAUAAAAUGACUUUAUUUGUGACCCUUGUAGUAGCAACCUGACACAGGAAGGUUCAUUCUAAUUAGUCAUUACAUCUUAUGAUGUUCGGAUCCUGGAAAAACAGUUUACCAAUGUCCAUUAUUAAAAACAGUUUAUAAGGAUUUAUGAGAUUAUGGUGCCAACACUAGAGAAAUAAACUUGUAUAUGAAGUGAUCAAUCACUUUAAAUUGACUGGUGUUAUUCAAUUUUGGGGAAAGAUGGCCAAAUCUGUAUGAAAUAUGUUGGCUGACGAGCACUUCAUCACAUGAGAAAGCUCUGGUUCCAGUAAUGUUUUCAGUGAUCCUCAUUCUAAUUCAUCGCAAGAGAAAUAUGCAUCAUCUGGGAAAACUUCCUUCUCCUGCUUGAUUUUUUUAAAAUAAAUUUAAUAACCCACACCGUUUUUUUGCAAGGUGAUGGAAGAUCUAGGAAGCUGGAAUUAUCUUGUUACCAUUUAGAGACUUAGAAGCUGGCUGCUUAUUUAAAGUCUUUUAGGAUGUUUUAGGAUGAGAAAACCUCGCUGGAAAACUAGGUUUGCUACCUAGGAAGAAGCGGUGGAAGCAUGUGGAUCCUGCAGCAGCAGAGGUAGUGAAGAUUUGCCUGGUGGGGUGAUAGCUCUUCUCUUUGUGGUCCUUUGAUCUCCAGUGAAGAACAACCCCAUGGUGCUGCUGGGGCGCUUGCAAGCAGGCAACUGCUAUGUCAGUGGACUGCCUGGGACAGCAUGCAGUACUCUCAGGCCGCCGCUUCCUCUACAUAGUCAAUCUGGAUGCACCGAACGAGGGCCAUCGAAAGAUCUCCCGACAGAGCAAGUGGGACAUCGGGGCGGUGCAGUGGAACCCGCACGACAGCUGCGCGUACUACUUUGCAGCUUCGAGCAACCAGCGAGUUGACCUGUAUAAGUGGAAGGAAGGUAAUGGGGAGGUUUGCACGUCAUUGCAAGGACACACGCGUGUGAUCAGUGACUUGGACUGGUCAGUGUUUGAACCAGACCUGCUGGUCACCAGUUCUGUUGACACAUACAUCUACAUCUGGGACAUCAAAGACACCAGGAAGCCUACAGUCUCGCUCUCUGCAGUGGCUGGAGCCUCCCAGGUCAAAUGGAACAAGAAGAAUGCCAACUGUUUAGCAACAAGCCACGAUGGGGAUGUCCGAAUAUGGGACAAAAGGAAACCCAGCACUGCAGUAGAAUACUUAGCAGCUCAUCUCUCUAAAAUCCAUGGUCUGGAUUGGCAUCCUGACAAUGAGUACACGCUGGCCACUUCCAGCCAGGACAACUCUGUCAGGUUCUGGGAUUACCGUCAGCCUCGGAAAUACCUCAAUAUCCUUCCCUGCCAGGUUCCUGUCUGGAAGGCAAGAUACACGCCUUUCAGCAAUGGGCUGGUGACAGUGAUGGUCCCCCAGCUCCGACGAGAGAACAGCCUACUUCUCUGGAACGUCUUUGACUUGAACACACCUGUCCAUACUUUUGUGGGACAUGAUGAUGUGGUGCUGGAGUUUCAGUGGAGGAAACAGAAAGAAGGUUCUAAAGACUACCAGCUGGUUACAUGGUCCCGUGAUCAGACUCUGCGGAUGUGGCGGAUUGACUCUCAGCUGCAGAGGCUGUGUGCUAAUGAUAUCCUGGAUGGAGUUGAUGACCUCAUCGAUGGGAUUUCUCUUCUGCCUGAGCCGGACAAGACCCUUCAACCCCAGGACUCUGAGCCCCAACAUAACUCUGGGCACGGGGAUGAGGAAGGUGAGGCAAGUGCCUUAAAAGAAGACUUCCUGAAUGACCUUCUGGUGGGAAAGAAAACAGACCAACUGGGGCUGCCUCAAACGCUGCAGCAGGAGUUCUCACUGAUCAACGUGCAGAUCAGAAAUGUCAACGUGGAGAUGGAUGCGGUGAAUCGUAGCUGCACAGUGUCAGUGCACUGUGGCAACCACAGAGUCAGGAUGCUGGUGAUGUUCCCUGUCCAAUAUCCCAAUAAUGCUGCACCAUCCUUCCAGUUCAUCAACCCGACUUCCAUCACUGCUUCCAUGAAGGCCAAGCUGCUGAAGAUACUGAAAGACACUUCUCUGCAGAAAGUGAAGCGGAACCAGAGCUGCCUGGAGCCCUGCCUGCGUCAGCUUGUCUCCUGGCUGGAGUCUGUCGUGAACCAAGAGGACAGCACGUCCAGCAACCCCUACGCUCUGUCCAACUCCGUAACAACCCCCUUGCCCACCUUUGCCCGGGUCUCCAAUGCCUAUGGCUCCUACCAGGACUCUAACAUCCCAUUUCCACGGACCUCUGGAGCCCGGUUCUGUGGUGCAGGGUACCUGGUGUAUUUCACGAGACCCAUGACCAUGCACCGUGCAGUGUCCCCAACAGAGCCCACACCCCGGUCCCUGUCAGCUUUAUCAGCAUACCAUAGUGGCCUCAUUACUCCGAUGAAGAUCCGUACAGAGACUCCAGGCAAUCUGCGUUUGUACAGCGGGAGUCCUACACGCAGUGAGAAGGAGCAGGUCUCCAUUAGCUCCUUCUACUACAAAGAGAGGAAGUCAAGGAGGUGGAAAAGCAAACGGGAGGGGACAGAUGCCAACAACCGACCCAUCAAAGCUGCUGGGAAAGUUAUUAUACAAGAUAUUUCCUGCUUGCUGCCUGUGCACAAGCUGCUGGGAGAGCUCUACAUAUUGAACGUGAAUAAUAUCCAGGAGACUUGCCAGAAGAAUGCUGCCUCAGCCAUGGCUGUCGGACGGAGGGAUCUUGUACAGGUUUGGUCACUGGCCAUGGUAGCCACUGAUCUUUGUCUUGGACCGAAGUCUGACCCAGAUUUGGAGAUACCUUGGGCACAACAUCCAUUUGGACGUCAAUUACUGGAGUCCUUGCUGGCUCACUACUCACAGCUCCACGACGUGCAGACCCUGGCCAUGCUGUGCAGCGUGUUUGAAGCCCAGUCCAGGUUACAGGGGUGCCCGAACUCCUAUGGCCCCUUUCCUCAGCGUGCCUCCAACCUGGCCUCCCACAGCCGAUACCCCAGCUUUACUUCCUCUGGUUCCUGUUCCAGCAUGUCGGAUCCUGGACUUGGCACUGGGGGCUGGAGCAUAGCAAACAAGGACACGGAGCAGACCUCCGCUCCCUGGUGCGAGUCUUCUCCGGAUGAGUUCCGCUACAGCAACCUGAUGUAUCCCGACCACCGGGAGCGCGAGAAAGACCAGCACGAGAAGAACAAAAGGCUGCUGGAUCCUGCUAACACUCAGCAGUUUGAUGACUUUAAGAAGUGCUAUGGUGAAAUCCUCUAUCGCUGGGGACUGCGAGAGAAGCGAGCUGAGGUCCUGAAGUUUGUCUCCAGUCCUCCUGAUCCCCACAAAGGAAUUGAGUUCGGUGUGUACUGCAGCCACUGCCGCAGCGAGGUGCGGGGCACCCAGUGCGCCAUCUGCAAGGGCUUCACCUUCCAGUGUGCCAUCUGCCACGUGGCCGUGCGGGGCUCCUCCAACUUCUGCCUGACGUGUGGGCACGGUGGCCACACCAGCCACAUGAUGGAGUGGUUUCGCACGCAGGAGGUGUGCCCCACGGGCUGCGGGUGCCACUGCCUGCUCGAGAGCACCUUCUGAACAGCACGAGAGCAGAGCGCCCCGGGAAUGGGAUUUCGGAUGGAAUUCCCAAGCCGUGCUGACUGAGCCCUGUGCCGUGUGGAGGAGCUGUGCAGGGAGCCGACGCAGGACUUGUGGCGUUGUGCUGACGUUUCCGAGUGCUUCCAGUGUCCCUGUGUUUCCCAGGUUGCUUUCAGACCACUUGGACCAAACUCCAAUGUGUCCAUUGCUGGCAAUGGAUGCCAGACCACAAAGCUCACGCUUGCUCUGCAGGAAGAGUGUAAAUAUUGGCUAGUCUCUGCUGGGCUGAGGAAGGGCUUCAGAGUUCCUUUGGAAAGCACUCGGCCGGCAGAGCCAGACUUGCUCCAGUUGCGUCGUGUCUUUCCAGGUGCCUCCUGACAGGGGCCCUAGGGUGAGCUGGGCAGAGCUUCUUCACACACUUGAGGCAGAAGUAAUUUGCAAGCAGCAGUGAGCUCUGCAGGCUCACUGUCAACUGUGCUCAACGAGUGACUGUGCUCCAAGUUACUUUCUGAACCAACGGGGUCCUUAGUUUUGAACUGCUGUUUACAAUGUUGAGGUUAUCCCAUAAAGCAAGAGUGAAAUGAUGUUUUUCAGCAUUAUUUCCUAAAUAGCCUCCUCCCACUGCUCUCUAUCAGCACCUGGUGUGAAAAGCCCGGCCACGCAACCGCAGCCGCUAGGAUUAGUCGCUUUCUUCCAGGAGUUGAUUGCUCUUCAGUAGGUGUCUCUGCGCUCUGCUCUGCUCUGGGUGAUUCAGUGCACUUUAACUUGCCUGCCCCUGCCUUGUUGGCAGCUCGUCCUCAGGGCUGGGAGUGGCAGCUGCCUUUGGGUUCAGGAUCCAUGGCAGGCUUCGAGGACUGCGGGUCUCCCCUCAGCUGAGGAGGACAGUGCGGGAAGCCUUGGCUUCCUCCUUGGGAAGACACGAGGAGAACGCUUGCUCCAUGCAGGGGGAAACUGAUGAGUAAUUUGGGAUGAUUUCAGGGGGAAAAGGGGUUGGAAAAGAGGUGGGGUUCACAGAGGCAACAGGUUUGUGCCUUCCCUUUGAGAAUGUCCUGGAUGGAUCCCGCUCUUCGGGGCUGUGCCUGCUGCCUGGUCCGGCCUGGGGCCGCUGUUGUAUGCCUGUCUGUGGCUGUGAUAACUCAGGCCGUGGGCUCCUGCCGUGGAAUGAACAGAAGAUGUAUCUUAAACAUUAAAGUUAUUUUUUGAAGCGCG